GCGGGAGGCGCUUUGGGUGUCCCAAUAUUGAACGAAUUCCUGGAUUCAGCUUAUGAAGUGAGCGUUCUUAGUCGCAGAGAGUCUACUGCAACAUUGCGGGACGGUGUGAAGGUUUUCAAAGCAGACUACAAAGACUUUGCGGAGGUCAAGACGGCCCUGAUUACAGGCGGAUUCUUCGAAUGGGGUAGAGGAAACGGCUUUUUCGGCUUCGACCUUCCGAACAAGACUGCAACUUUGACCGAUGAUGGAGUUAGCGCCUGGGCCUCCACUACGAUGGGAACGAUCGCCGGAGCCAUUAAGGCCUCUCUUGAUCACGCUGACGAGACGAAGAAUCAGUACGUCUUUGUUUCGCCCUUCCACCACACUCAGCGCGAGAUACUUGACAUCAUCGAGAAGGCUGAUGGAAAGAAGUGGAAUGUUGUGCACGUUAGAUCCGAAGACCUCCUUGCCAACGGCAAGAGAAGAGUCCAAUCGGGUGAUUUUGCUGGCACCAUGGAUUUGACUAGAGGUAUCGCCAUGGGCAAGCUCGGAUUAGUCGAUCUGAGGCCUCAUGGGCUUUGGAACGAGAAGUCAGGGUUGCCUGAGGAAGACUUAGAGGCGGCUCUCAGAAAAAUAGUGUGGAGAAAGCUUUUGAAUUUGAAAAACACUGUUCAAGGAAACAAGAAGUGUCUUUGA